GAGCAAGCGAGGGCGACGUUAAUCACGGCAGCGAGGGGGUGGCGAUAUUAAUGCUGAAGUGGUCAGGGUUGUGAGGAAGCCGAAUACCCCGUUGAAUCCUCAUCAGAUUAAGGGUAAGGGUCGCCCUGCUGGGCCUAUCGCCACGGCGUCUGCUGCUGCUUCAAAAAUCAAGGGCCAUAGCAUUAACAGUACGAAACGGCUGCCUUCAGGAUUCGAAUACAAGCUCGAUGACGAACUGGCUACAGCUAUGCCAGCAUCAGGAAUAGGCGGCGCGAAGAAGAUCAAUGAAAUGAGGCAGAUAAAGCCUCCCUCAACGGCGCCAGCAGCCCUGUGUGACAGCAAGCCCAACUGGGGUGUUGUUAAUCUUCGGGGUAGGAAGCAGGGCAUUGUUGAUGUUGAUGUCGCUCAGCAGCCGAAGCAGCAGGAAUUCUCGACUGCUGCUCCACAGACGCCAACUCGGGCUGAAGACUGCAUCUGGGUCGCUAUUACUUCGAAGACGGUCACGAGGCCGCGCUGGUCGCCGCCAUUGCUGCUGCCCUCGAGGCUCGCGAGGAUGAUGCUGCCCUGCAGUAGCUGCCGGCUGCCUGCAUCUGUAAAGAGCCCUCCGAUGGGCCGUAAUUGUGUAAUUCAUACUCAGUAGCUUGAAGAAUAUCACAAAAGGGGUGGAAUCAAGCCGCUUACGUUCAGAUGAGCUGUUGAUUUUAACAGCGACAGCUGCAGCAGACUGCUUGGCGGUCAGCUGUCAGGAAAUUCAUCAUGUACUGUUGCGGGGUCAUGCGGGAGCUUUGCCUUAUAUUAGGUAUAGCGGUGCGCUAUAGUUAUAGCUAUGGCGGUGUGCGAUUUAGACGUUCCCUUGAUGUUCUGUUCCUAACUUCUACCGACUCCACGCCUCUGUCUUUUGGGGUUUCCGAGGUGGCGCGUCAUGAUAUACCCACCGCUCCCGGUGGCCAAGCUCCAAAACGC